AUGCGUCCUGCUCUUCCCGUGGGCCUCAAGCUGGGAGUGACACUACGCUACCUCGCCACGGGAGAUGACUACACAAGCCUCCACUACGACUUCAGGGUGUCUGUUCCAUCGAUCUCCAGAUUUGUUCCCAAAGUCCUCAAGGCCAUCAUCCAAGUUUACAAGGACGAGUACCUGCACUGCCCUCGAACGCCUGAAGCCUGGAAGGAGGUGGCAGACGGAUUCUCCCGCAGGUGGAACUACCACAACUGCCUCGGCGCCCUGGACGGCAAACACGUACCCAUCAGAAGACCACCCCACGCUGGCUCCAAGUUCUUCAAUUAUAAGAAGUUUCACAGCAUCAUCCUCUUGGCUUUGGCGGACUCUGGCUUGAGGUUCAUCUACGUCGACGUCGGGGCUGAGGGGGGAGCUGGCGAUGCAGGCACCUGGAACCGCUGCACCCUACAGCAGGCCAUCGAAUCAGGAGCGCUCAGCCUGCCAGACGACACUUGCCUGCCUCACGACGACACUCCCCUGCCCUACCACAUCGUUGGUGAUGAUGCCUUCGCCCUGCAGCCGAGGUUGAUGAAGCCCUACUCCAACAGAAGCCAGAUCCCCCAGCAGAGACUGUUUUCAUACCGUCUUUCAAGAGCUCGCCGGGUGGUGGAGAACGCCUUCGGGGUGAUGCAGCGCAAGUUCAAGGUUUUCGGAGUCACCCAAGGGAUUUUGCGUGCAACAGUGAGAGAUGUCGUCACCACCUGCUGCAUUCUCCACAACAUGGUCGUCACACCCGCCAUCCAACCUGCCGAGAUAGGCCACGAAGACGAGGACCACAACAUUGUUCCUGGCAGCUGGAGAGAAGGCGAGACCCUGAUGGCAGACCUCGCUCCAGCCAGAGGCAACAACCCCAGCAGGCGAGCAAAGGCCGUGAGGGACUACCUGGCGAACUACUACACUUCAGAAGUUGGAGCUGUGCCCUGGCAGGAACGGCUGGUCUACCCCCGAGGACGCCCCCAAGACGCCGAGUGA